CAGGGAUUUCACAGAGGAAAAAUCUUGCAAUGAAUGGACGGUGUUGCUGCUGUUGCUUAACGUUACAGCAACUUUAUCUAUAGAGCAUCUGUGCAAUGGACAAGUUUGUCGAGGACACAGUGAAGGUGCCAUUUGGGACUAAGUAUCUAGAGGCUGCCUUGUCUUUUCCUGCUUCAGUAACAGAUGUUCACAAGGCCGUCAUUCUCACUCAUGGGGCUGGUGGAGACAUGAACUUCAGACAUCUGGUUUCUCUGGCAAAUGCCUUAGCUUCAUGUGGCUUCCUUUGUCUCCGUUUCACAUGCAAAGGUUUAAACUUGGGUUAUAGAGUGAAAGCUUACCGUGCUGUGUGGGACUACUUGAAGUCUCUAGAGAAGUUUACCAUAAAGCACAUAUUUGUUGGAGGCAGGUCAAUGGGAUGUCGUGCUGCUGUGGCCUUAGCCAGGCAGCUAAGUGAUGAAUCAGAGGAUGCAGUGCAGGGUGUCAUCUGCCUGUCUUUCCCACUGCACCCUCCGGGUCAGACACACGCCCAUCUGCAAAGGAGUGAAGAUCUCAGGGGGCUACCUGAACACAUGCCUGUGCUGUUUGUGUCAGGCACUGAGGACAACAUGUGUGACAGGGACCUUUUUGAAGGAACGGUAAAAGAAAUGAAAGCUCAAGUUGAGGUUUUCUGCCUAGAAGGAGGCAGCCAUGGACUAACGGUGAAGGGAAGGGCGGAGGACUCUGUGUUGGAUGAAGUGAACUUACAAGUCAUUACCUGGAUGAGUAAGCAGAUAGAUUAAUUUAUGUUAACAGAUUUUUUUAUGUUUUAUUAGUUAAAUAAAGCCUAUAUUUCCAAAA